AUGCCGCACGAAAUCGCUGAUUCGGACGCCGAGUCCGACCUCGACUCUCCUGGUAGACAACCGAUUUUAGGUGAAACUAUGACUGAGCAUGGAGGGACAGCAGCAUCGUCACAGAUCAAUUUUGACGAGUACAUGGACCCGACACAACGCCUCUCCUCCCUCGAAAGCGCUGAGAGAACCUCUGCCAACACCAUCGGGCUUUUUGAUGGCAUAAGCGAGGCGCAUGAUGCACUCAUCCCUAACGCCGCUCAUGGGCAAAGACCAGAUUCUGCGGAUCCGCCCCCAGUUGCACGUUCCAGAAAGCGAGCACACAGCGCAAUGUACAAAAGCCCCGACAUAGCUGACUAUGAUGUCUCAGUCAAACUCUCUACAACUAAGAGGACGAAGACUUAUAGCCACCGGUCAAAAUCUGGUGCAGCUGAGCACCAGGAUCUAUUCGCCACAUCCCCAGAGCUACUCUUCCAGGCUGAAAACAAGGCAUCAGUAGGUCAAUCCGAUGAUAGCAACACUAGAGAGGCCGCUCCCUCGUUCUCAGACCAGUCCACGAGCUUGGCGGUUUCACACCUCAAUGGCGUCGACCGUCCAAGGCAGAUCAGCAUUCACAACUCCUUGCAGAAUAUUACUACAUCGACAGCAUCUAUGGGAGGCUAUGCUUCUAUCAAUCUUGAUUAUCGCGGUUCCGGCGAGGCUAUUGAUAUUAAUGCCAAUCCAUUUGGUUCUUUGAGCCAGGUAUCAUUAGAUGAGGAUUCCAAUCCGACCGAGACCGAAAGAGUUGCGAAUGUUUUCCGUCAAAAUCAGAAAGCUUCAGAAAAUGACCGUGUUGUGAAAGCGCCUGCUUUUAUAGAUCCUUCGCGAUUGGCGUACGAUGACCUUGAACCUUCAGAAGCUUAUUUGAAUGGGAACGAGGAGGACAAAUUUACACCAGCGGACCCAAUGCCUGCUCCAGAUAAGACUUCCAUCGCUGAGGACCAAGUCCUGCCAAAGAAGCACGGACGCAGGCCGAAGAACUCGAGGAUGCUCUCUGAAUCCCCGGCUCCGGCUGUACCUGAUAAAGCAAUGGAUGAGCACGAUCUCCCGGAUCCGGAGCUGAUACGAAGGUCUAGACAAGGUACUUCUAAGCAGGUAGCAGAGGCAGAUGCAGCACUUGCUGAGCAAUCCCCAGUAAAGCAGCCAACAAACGAAGUGAAUCUAAGCGAUGAACAAUUCGUCGGACUGCCAAAGGAAUCCUACAAGCCCCGUCCUAGCCGUUCACGAUCGAAAAAGCUCCCUAGUGAGGAUGACGUUUAUUCUCCUCCAAGGUUUGCGAAUAUCGCAACGGAUAGUCCUGCCAAAAGUAAGCCAUUAUCAAAUAGCACAUCACCUCGGGAUCAAGAGGCUGGGGCUCCAGUAGAAAUAUCUACCACAAAGAAAGGCGGUCGUAAAUCAAGGGUCAAACGUGCAAAGACUUCCGGAGCUGCCUUGAAAAUUACUGAACCCAUGCUUAGCGAGGGAGAGGAUGAUGUACUGUGGAUGGAUUCGAAACCUGCCCCUGUGAAGAUAGAGCUGCCUCCUGAUCUCAAGGUCCUCAAAGGAGAGGAGGGUCAGAAGUCUGUUGCAGAAGCUGAACUGGAAGCCGAGCAUAAUGUUCCGAAUGGGACAACUUCCAACAUUACGAUCGAACUACCAAUGGCAGCCAACAGGUCUUACACGGCCUCCUCUUCGAAAGCACCUCCAGUUGUAGCUGCGCCUAAGAAGCGAGGUCGGAAAUCUAAAAAAAUACAAGAAGAGCUGCGAGCGGAGCCGGAAGCUGUUGUGGUAGAUGAGCUGGAGGGAGAAGAACCACCCAACGACAACACGCGACAACCGCUGUCUGAAAAGCCGGGCAACAUCACUGCCCUCAAGGCUAGAAGCACUACACCCAAAGCGCCAACUGUGUCUCCCUUGUCCUCCCCGGAUACCAAACCGCGAACAACAACGUCGCCGACAAAAGAAACGCAAACCGGCCUACCACCCGACCCAAUCAACCUCACAACACCAACCAAGGCCACCAUCGAAAAAGGCCCCACGAAACACUCCCCAAUCAACCCGCCCUCUCUCCCCGGCAGUUCACACAGCAACGGGAAGAAAACACUAUAUAGAAUCGGCUUAUCGCGACGACAGAACAUCCCGAGCCUGCUACGACGUGUGCAGCGCGACAAGCCAGCCCCGAAGAUCGUGGUGGCCAAGGAGAAGGAGAAAAAGAAAAAGAAUGCCGGCGAUAAUGGCAGUGACGACGAUGACGACAACAAUCGCCUCGAAAUCAGAGGCGCAGACGGUAUGUUGGUUGAGUGGGGCGACUGA